AGCUGUCAAAAAAAGUGAAUUGUAAAUUUUUGAAGAAAUUGAAAAUUAUAAAAGUGUUUUCGAUUAAUUUUCAUAUUUAGCUAAAAAAAUAAAUAAAAAUGACGACUGGGAGUUCUCAAAAUGACGGAGUCCGUGAGAAAGCACUAUAUGAUUAUCGCAAGAAACUAUUAGAGCACAAAGAAGUAGAGUCCCGUUUAAAAGAAAAACGUGAAGAAGUUAAAGAGCUGACAAAACAAUAUGAUAAAUCUGAAAAUGAUUUGAAAGCUUUACAAAGUGUUGGGCAAAUUGUUGGAGAAGUUUUAAAACAAUUAACAGAAGACAAAUUUAUUGUAAAAGCAACAAAUGGCCCUCGUUACGUUGUGGGUUGUCGCAGGCAACUAGAUAAAACAAAAUUAAAAUCAGGCACUCGUGUAGCGUUGGACAUGACUACACUGACCAUAAUGCGUUACUUGCCAAGAGAAGUUGAUCCUCUCGUAUAUAACAUGUCUCAUGAAGAUCCAGGAGAAGUAACAUAUUCGGCUAUUGGUGGUUUGUCAGAACAAAUCCGAGAACUUCGUGAAGUCAUUGAACUUCCAUUAUUGAAUCCAGAAUUGUUUUUGAGAGUUGGUAUUACUCCUCCGAAAGGCUGUUUAUUAUAUGGACCACCUGGUACUGGAAAAACUUUGCUAGCAAGAGCAGUUGCUUCGCAAUUAGAUGCAAAUUUCUUGAAGGUUGUUUCUAGUGCUAUUGUUGACAAAUAUAUAGGUGAAAGUGCACGUUUAAUCCGUGAAAUGUUCAACUAUGCUCGUGAUCAUCAACCGUGCAUAAUUUUCAUGGAUGAAAUCGAUGCCAUUGGUGGAAGAAGAUUUUCAGAAGGUACAUCUGCUGAUAGGGAAAUUCAACGUACUUUAAUGGAAUUAUUAAAUCAAAUGGAUGGCUUUGAUACGUUGGGUCAAGUUAAAAUGAUAAUGGCAACUAAUCGUCCAGAUACACUAGAUCCUGCUUUGUUACGGCCAGGUAGAUUAGACAGAAAAAUUGAGAUUCCACUGCCAAAUGAACUGGCACGCUUGGAAAUUUUAAAAAUUCAUGCUCAACCAAUUACGAAACAUGGUGAGAUCGAUUAUGAAGCUAUUGUUAAGCUAUCUGAUAAUUUUAAUGGAGCUGAUUUAAGAAAUGUAUGCACAGAAGCUGGUCUCUUCGCCAUAAGAGCUGAACGUGAAUAUGUCAUUCAAGAAGACUUUAUGAAAGCAGUAAGAAAGGUUGCUGACAAUAAGAAAUUGGAAAGUAAAUUAGAUUACAAACCCGUGUAAAGUAUAUAAAAACAAAUUUAUUUUGUUUCUUUUAUAUUUAUAUAUAUACAACUUGAAUAAUUAUUUUUAAAUUCAA